AUGGAUGAGUUUGACAAAGCCGAUUGGAAUACCUUCAACACUACAGCGUUCUGUAAAAUAUGUGUUGAGGAAAUAAGAGCUGGGAAUAGGCCUAUUGGAGUUAUGACUACUAGAGGCUAUAAGAACAUAGCUGAGAAGUACUUGUUAAUCACGAGGUUGCGUCACUCUAGAACGCAACUGAAGAAUAGGUGGGAUGCACUUAAGGGUUUGUAUAGCUUCUGGCUAAGGCUUAACAAAGAUACUGGUCUUGGAUGGGACAAUACUAAAGGAACAGUGACGGCAAGUGACACUUAUUGGAAAGAGAACACAAAGAAUCAUUCGGAAUGGAGGAAGCUCAAGAAUGGUCCACCUGAGUGUCUAGAUGAGCUUCAGAUCAUGUUUGAUCUUACUGCAGUGGAUGGUUCUUCUUCUUGUGUUCCUGGAGAAGGAAUUGGAGAAGAAAUUGGAGAAGGAGGUGGUGAAGAAAAUGGCAGAGAGGAGAGCAAUUCAAAGGGCAGCAAUCCACUAAAGCGAUGUAGUAGUAGUAACCAUGGUACUAGCCCAAAGAAGAAAGUGAAGAAUCCCAUGGUUAAGAUAAUGAAGGGCAUCUGGGAGACUAUGCAAGCUAAUAGUGCUGUUGUCAACAAGGUGAUGCAGGGUGAAAAGAGGUUUGAGUCCAUUAAGGAAGUGAUGAGCUUGGCGGUGGAGUGCGGGGCAACCGAAGGAAGUGUAGAGCAUUUUAUGGCUAGCCAACUCUUUGUAAAGGCUGAAAACCAUGAUAUGAAUAUGUAUGGAAGUGAUGAUGAGGAUGAAGCAUUUGAGGUUGCACGCAAUCAACUUGAUGUGCUUGAACAAUAUGGAGCAAUAUUUUGCACAUUUGGAAAAUUUUAUCUUGUUGACUCGGGCUAUCCCAAUCGAACGGGUUUUCUAGCUCCUUAUAAAGGGACGAAGUACCAUUUACCAGAGUUUCGACAAGGCCCACGUCCUAGUGGCAAGAAGGAGGCAUUCAACUAUUUGCAUUCAUCUCUUCGUAAUGUGAUUGAGCGCUCAUUUGGUGUUUUGAAGAUGAAGUGGAGAAUUUUACUGGACUUACCAAGUUAUCAUAUGCUAAAGCAAACAAGAAUAAUACAUGCAUGUAUGACUCUUCAUAACUUUAUUCGAGAUAGUGCUAUGAGUGAUGCAGAUUUCGACAUGUGUGAUCAAGAUGAAAACUACAUGCCAAUACCCUCUCAAGGGAGUGGUGAAAAUAGUGAAUUAGGUGAUGAAGAGGGAGAUAUGAAUGUCUUACGUGAUAGCAUUGCUAAUGCUUUGUAUGCCAUGAGAGAGUAG